AUUUGGUUUUUACUUUGAGAGAAGGUCUGAAACCCCAGAAAAAUUAUGACUUUUACUGUCAGUCCUGUGGUGACGUCAUAGCAAAAGACCGGAAUUUUCUCAGAGUUCUUCCUCUGCCAAGUGAAAACUGGAGUGCUUUAGUGGAAGAGUGGUGUUGUCACGCUAAUCCCUUUGCCAGAAGCUCUUUGCACCCUCAGCAUCAUGACUGUUUUUUUGGGGACACGUUUUUUCUGUUGAAUUCAAGAAAUGAAUCACAUAAACCAAAGGAAAAUACUAGAGUCAUCUGUAAACGCUGCAAGACAAUGCUGGGGGAAACAGCAUCAUCAGAUACCAUUAAAUACUAUGUCACUGAGGUAAUUAUUCGACCAUCUGAAGGAAGUUUCCAUCCUAUGCCAAGGUCUCAAUUCGUGCAGAGUGUGGUUGCUCAGUGUCUUGUGGAACUGUCCUCCACUAAGAGCACGUUUAGAUUCACCAUAAAAGGGGAUAAUGGAAAAACCUAUAUUCUGAUCUGGGUUUUAAAUUCUGAUACAUUGCUGGUGGAGUCUUUAGGAAGUUCCUCCUCCCACAGUGCUUUUGCACUCUUUGGAGAUAUUUUUGUGCCUAGCUCUGGACCAGUGAGGACCUGGAGUGCUAUCAAAGUCCUUUACCAGCCGUGCAUUAAAAACAAGAAUAAGGAGUAA